UUCUGAGCAGCAGCUGGAGAGUGGCCUCUCUGAGAUCCCUCUGGGAGAACCUGACGGAGCUUUUGACCCAGUCGGAAGAGACCUUGGGAGCCAGAGAAGGUGGAGGAAUCGCAUCCCAAUAUGAAGACUGUUAUCCUCCUUACGUUCCUCUGGGGGCUGUCCUGUGCUCUCCCUGUCGCCAGAUACCAAAAUACUGAAUCUGAAAGCUCUGAAGAGAGGACGGGCAAUUUGGCUCAGUCACCGCCACCACCCAUAGCAAAUAGUGACCACACGGACAGCAGUGAGUCUGGAGAGGAGCUGGGCUCCGACAGAAGCCAGUAUAGACCGGCUGGUGGUCUCUCUAAGAGUGCCGGGAUGGACGCCGAUAAGGAGGAGGAUGAAGACGACAGUGGAGAUGACACCUUUGGAGACGAAGACAAUGGCCCAGGCCCGGAAGAAAGACAGUGGGGAGGACCCUCCAGACUGGACAGUGACGAGGACUCGGCAGACACCACACAGUCCAGUGAAGACAGCACCUCUCAAGAAAACAGUGCCCAAGAUACCCCCAGUGACAGCAAGGACCACGACAGUGACGAGGCAGACAGCCGGCCUGAGGCAGGCGACUCCACUCAGGACAGUGAGAGUGAGGAAUAUCGGGUAGGAGGUGGCAGCGAGGGGGAGAGUAGCCACGGGGACGGCUCUGAGUUCGAUGAUGAGGGGAUGCAGAGCGAUGAUCCCGGGAGCACCAGGAGCGAUCGAGGCCAUACCCGAAUGAGCAGCGCUGGUAUCAGGUCGGAAGAAUCUAAAGGGGAUCACGAGCCCACGAGCACUCAGGAUUCAGAUGACAGCCAGGAUGUGGAAUUUUCAAGCAGGAAAUCCUUCAGAAGGUCCCGGGUCUCUGAGGAAGACGACAGAGGUGAGCUCGCUGACAGCAACAGCAGGGAAACCCAGAGCGACUCCACAGAGGAUUUCCGCUCCAAGGAGGAAAGCAGGAGCGAGACUGAGGAGGACACAGCCGAGACCCAGUCCCAGGAAGAUAGCCCAGAGGGACAAGACCCCAGCAGUGAGUCCAGCGAAGAGGCUGGGGAGCCAUCCCAGGAAAGCAGCAGCGAGUCUCAGGAAGGGGUGGCCAGUGAGUCCAGGGGUGACAACCCAGAUAACACAAGCCAGACAGGAGACCAAAGAGACAGUGAGUCCAGUGAGGAGGACAGACUGAACACAUUCUCCAGCUCAGAAAGUCAGUCCACCGAGGAGCAAGCUGACAGCGAGUCUAAUGAGAGCCUCAGCCUCUCAGAGGAGAGUCAGGAGUCGGCCCAGGAUGAGGACAGUUCCAGCCAGGAAGGCCUCCAGUCUCAGAGCGCAUCAAGGGAGAGCAGGAGUCAGGAGAGCCAGUCUGAGCAGGACAGCCGUUCUGAGGAAAACAGGGACAGUGACUCUCAGGACAGUAGCCUAUCCAAAGAAGAGAGCAACUCGACGGGGAGCACUUCCAGCAGCGAGGAGGACAACCACCCCAAAAACAUGGAAGUUGACAAUAGGAAACUAAUAGUUGACGCUUACCACAACAAACCUAUCGGGGACCAAGAUGACAAUGAUUGCCAAGAUGGCUACUAGCAUUAGCUUCUCUAAGAAAUGGCUCUCACAGGACAGAGUCUUGGGGGCCCCAAGAGUAAAGUUCACUACAAGUAUAAUUUAUUGAUGUUUUGGUCAGAAGUAAAACGGCCAGGGGGGAUUGUUUUGUUUGUUUGACUUUUUUUUUUUAAUUUUGUUUUUUGUUUGUUUGUUUGUUUUUUCCUGUGAGGAAUUGUUGGACAUGACACUCUUUUCUAGAGUGUCUCCCACUCCUUAGAGGCUUGCAUGUGGGAUGACGUCAGAGCACGCCCAGUGAGGAAUCAUGCGCAUAGCAGCUUCACAGAUGCCGUAGUCCCUGGUUCACCAACCCGACAGUUACUGAGAUUCUGUUACAUACCAGUCACAGCACUGGGGUGGGGUGGCUGCUUCAGGCUGGGUCUUGCUCCCGAGGAGCUUGCCCCAAGCAGACACUCAAAUGUAACACAUUAAACGAUACAAACAAUGGAGGCCCUAUUGCAGUGAGUUUGGGUUACAAGGCUUUGGGUCCCGGAGGGUAAGAAAUUACUUCAACCAGCCCCUGCCACGGCUGAGGUGUGUACAGACAGGGAAUGGGAGCGAGACAGGGAGUGACCAGCUUCGCUUUGGAGAAUCAGAGGUUCCACAAGUAGCAAAGCCUGGAGAUUGAGGGUUACAUAGGAUUUCUCCAUUGAAGACAAUAUAAUUCUAUUUAUUCUUGAGAUAAACAGUAUUACAUCUUAUGCAAUUAAAUAUUUAGUAUGGAAAGGCAUUCUGAAAUGAGACGGCACAAUGGGAUAACUUGGAUAACAUUUUUUUUUUCCCAAUUAAUUUGCCCUAUUGAGUGCUUUUGUGGGCCUUCUGUAAACAUUGCCUCAAUGAUGACAAGGAGGAGGAGGAAAAUUUGGUGGGGAGAUGGGAGAAAAAAUAAUUGAAAAACGAUGUAUAGCUUUAUUUUUUCCAGAUUAUUUAUGUGCAGUGCAAGCACCAUCCCCGAGUCCUUUCCAUGUGUUGCACAUAGCAUAAUUCUGUACAUAGAGCCUGGCCGCUUUGUUGUCGUUUCUUCCACUUUUAUUACUUUCCUUUUCCUUUUGUCAAGUGCCAUUGAAGUGUUACCUCAUGAAAAAUAUUUGUUUUGUAAUAAAGAUAAUAAUUCCCAGAG